AUGUAUCCAAAUCAUUUAUCCCACCCUCAGCAACACUUGUCACAGCAACAGCUUCCUCCUUUACAACCACCAUUACCACCGCCUCUUCCACCACCCAAUACUUUAGAAGUUUCAGGCAAAAAGAGAACCAAAAAAGACAGAGCAUGUGAUUUAUGUAGACGCAAAAAAAUAAGAUGCGAUUAUGAUCAAGCAUACCCACAGAAUUCUUGCACCUCUUGCAGGAGCUACAACAAGACGUGUGCAUUCAAAGAGGCAGCUAAAAAGAGAGGACCACCCAAAGGAUAUGUAGAGGGAUUGGAGAGCAGAUUAAAACGCAUGGAAAAGUUGUUGAUGAACAUUGCGGCCAACGGCAACUUACCCGAAGAGACGAUGAAGGCGGUAAUGGAAGGCAGUUCCAGAGGAGAGGAGGAAAGAAGUGGAGAAGAGGAAGGAUCUGAUGGUGAUGAUUCCCAUGCAACAAGCCAUUCUGAUGAUACAGGACCACCCACAUCCUCAAAAGAGCAUUCACCCGACGAUCUAGAUAGAGUCAAACAUGCGCAAGAUAUUAAACCCAUUGAGGUAGUUGCAGAAGAUAGAGAUCGAAUCAAAGAGCCAUUUUCGUACGUUGGCAGCUCAUCAGGGAUCUACCUUUUGAGCCGACUAUUCACCAAAGAUACCACCAACUUAGACACGGAGGAAAAGCAGGCGUUACCUAGGCCCUUGGAUGGCCAUGAAGAGGAUUUGAUGAUUGUCAGAUUCGGUGGAGAUCCGCUGAACAAGCUUGGAUUUGGAAGAAUUUUGAACCCUGAUUGGAAAAUGCCACCAAAGGACCUAACGGAUCACUUGAUAGACGUCUAUUUUAAAAAGAUGAAUCCCAUGCUGCCCAUCUUGGACGAAGACUUGUUUUAUGAAGAGUACCGCAAAGCGAAUCAUGCACAUACAUUUAUCCCCAUCAUCAUGACCCUGUGCCGUGUUACAUGUCGAAUUUUAAAGAAAGACGAUCCGUUGUUGCUCAAGUACGAGGUUGACCGUAGUACCUUUUUUCGAGAUAUCAGCAAGCAAAUCAGGCUCUAUUUCGAUCUGGAUUUCCUUGAACCCAAGAUUGAAACCAUCCAGGUGUUAUUACUUAAUGCGUCAAAUGCAGAGAAAUGGGGCUUGGAAAGCACCGAUUGGAUCACCACGAGUAUUGCUGUUAAAAUGGCUCAAGAUUUAGGAUUACAUAGAGCAAAUACGCAACAGGAGGGAAUACCUAAAAAGGUGAUGGAAGCUAAAAAGAGAUUGUGGUGGUCUGCUUAUAUAAUCGAUCGCUGGGUUUGUGCAUCGUUAGGAAGGCCCUUAACUAUCUCGGAUGCAGAUUGCGAUUUGGAAUAUCCAGAUCUCCAGGACAAAAAGUACUCCAUGUUUAUCUAUUUGGUGAGAUUGUCAUGCAUUUUAGGUGAUGUUCUGAGAGCGCUUUGUUCACCCAGAGCUCGUCUGAUGUCCGAAAAAGGACUUGGGUUGGAGAACAUUUCCCGUAGUUUGGAACAAAUGCUACUGGAAUGGCAAAGCUCUUUGCCUGCAGACCUCAAGUUCACAGAAGAAGAGCUGUCCCGGAUUUCCCGGAAGGAGGUAGACUCAGGUUUGGAUUGGAAAUUAAAUAACGGAGCUGGUAAAUUACACUUGACCUACUGUGCGGUAUACAUGCUGAUCAAGCGGCCAUUCAUCUCGUUGGGCAUUGGCAAUGCUUCCAAUGUCACUAUGCCUGCUGAAUGCCGAGAGGCAAUCAAGGCGUCUGUCGACAUUUUUGAUGUCAUCGACCCCAGUAACCUGUUGUGUGGUUGGUCGCUUUCCAGCUACUGCACAUCGCAAAAUCAAACGCUAUUAUUCCUCAAUUUCAGAAAUGCGGAUGCCAACCUCAUAGCAGAAUCGAAAUCAUUAGCACAUAGAUUCAAAAAUCGGCAUCACGUUUUGGCCGAGCACAUCACCGAGCCUUCCAUUGUUCCAUUUCUCGAUGUUUUAUCCAAUGUCAUAGGUGGCGAGUGGACCAGUUCCAAUGAAACAGCUGAAUCAUCUUCGCACUCGAGCGAGAAUGGGACGAUCCGUGACAAUCAGGCAAACUUAUGGGGUGCUUCAAGCGGCAUUGAAUGGCAGGAAAUGGUUAAACUAUUGGCAGAGACUGGUUACCAGGCUUAA